GCGGAACCCCCUUUCCCUCAUGUCCGUGUGCAUCGUUCAAAUAGGUCGGAAUAUGAGGCGAUGAAUUGUUAAUUAAACACACGCCACAAUCCGUCGGAUUUUAGAGAAGUUUUACAAACCUGCUUUGAUAUACACGUUAUAUGUAUAUCACCGAGAAAAAUAUAUUUUAGUAAUCGUUUUUCGUAUCUCGCCGCUGACCAGUAUCCCGCAAAAUGAAACAAAUUCUCUGUGGCAAGAUAGGGGACAGUGUCCUGUUAAUCUCAAAGUCAUCCCGAUAUCCAAUUUCUGUAAUCAGUACAAGGAAGUUAACGUCUGGUGGAAUGAGCAGAGUUUACAGGCCAUUGUUAUCAUCACCCCAUGUACGAUAUUUUGGAAACCCUAAUCGUGCAUAUGCUAUGUUUAUUGGAAGAAUUUUAAAGGGAGCAUUAAAAAUUCGAUAUUUAUUGUUGGGAGGUGCAGUUGGUGGUGGAGUAACAUUACAGAAGAAAUAUGACCAGUGGAAAGAAAUCCUGCCCGAUAUGACCUGGUUAGAGGAUGUUUUUCCAGAUAAAGAAAAAUGGCAAGGUUUUCGUGGGACAUUAAUGUCUGUAAAGGAUACCAUGGCAGAUAAAAUAGAGAUCGAUCCACGUAUAAAGCAGUUUGGGGAAGCUAAGUACAAAGAGUACAGACAGUGGUUUAAUCAGAGGCUGGACGAUGCUAUCAAGGCUGCUGAAGUUACAGACACUGAGUCGGGUCUGGGAAUUUCCUCUAAGAGUAUAUUUGACGCGAUCAGAGCAAUAGUAUACCAACUUUAUUCAGAAGCCAAGGAUGAGUUCAUAAACAAUACCGUAGCAUAUGCUCGGCCACUAGUCGACGACAAUAUCGAAGAGGAACGUAAGAAAGCUCAAAAAUCGCAACAGAGAUUGAACGCUAUGCAGGAGGAAGUGAUGCAAAUGCAAUUGAAGUACCAACGUGAGCUUGAGAGACUAGAGAGAGAGAAUAAGGAGCUCAGAAAGCAGAUGCUUCUACGUGGAAAUCAAAAACUAAGCAGCAAAAAGAUAAAAAAAUCGUUAAUCGACAUGUACAGCGAUGUUCUAGACGAACUCAGCGACUACGACAGUGCUUAUUCUACUGCUGAUCACUUACCAAGAGUGGUAGUCGUUGGUGAUCAAAGUUCAGGCAAAACCUCUGUCUUAGAGAUGAUUGCUCAGGCAAGAAUAUUUCCGAGAGGUGGUGGUGAAAUGAUGACCAGAGCUCCGGUUAAGGUCACAUUAAGCGAGGGUCCGUAUCACAUAGCUCAGUUCAAAGACAGCUCCAGAGAGUUCGAUUUGACGAAGGAAUCGGAACUGGCUGAUCUGAGACGCGAGGUGGAGUUACGCAUGAAGAACAGCGUUAAAAAUGGAAAAACAGUCAGUCAGGAUGUGAUCUCGAUGACGGUGAAAGGACCAGGCCUUCAACGUAUGGUUCUGGUUGAUCUGCCCGGAAUAAUUAGCACAGUUACAGUUGACAUGGCGGAAGACACACGGGACGCCAUUCGACAAAUGUCUCAGCAGUACAUGAGCAACCCAAACGCGAUUAUUCUUUGCAUCCAAGACGGAUCUGUGGACGCCGAAAGGAGCAAUGUAACAGACCUUGUGGCUCAAAUGGAUCCGACCGGUAAACGGACCAUUUUCGUUCUAACAAAGGUAGAUUUGGCAGAAGAGAAUUUGGCGAAUCCGGACCGUCUGCGUAAAAUAUUGUCUGGUAAAUUAUUUCCUAUGAAAGCGUUAGGAUACUUUGCCGUUGUCACCGGUCGUGGCAGACAGGAUGACAGUAUACAGACAAUUAAAGACUACGAGGAAAAAUUCUUUAGAAAUUCGAAGAUGUUCAAGGACGGAUUGGCAAUGUCUGGACAAGUGACCACAAGGAAUCUGAGUCUCGCGGUAGCAGAGUGCUUUUGGAAAAUGGUCCGUGAAACGGUCGAGCAGCAGGCCGAUGCUUUCAAAGCGACCAGAUUCAAUCUUGAAACGGAAUGGAAGAAUAAUUUCCCAAGAUUGAGGGAACUGGACAGGGACGAACUGUUCGAGAAAGCGCGUGGUGAGAUCUUGGAUGAGAUUGUCAACUUGUCCCAGGUUUCACCGCGACAUUGGGACGAGGUAUUAAUGACCAGACUCUGGGACAAGGUUAGCAUGCACGUGUUCGAGAGUAUCUACCUGCCAGCUGGUCAAAGUGGAAAUUCAAGCACAUUUAACACAACCGCGGACAUAAAGCUUCGACAAUGGGCGGAACAACAAUUACCAGCUAAAAGCGUCGAGAGCGGCUGGGAAUGUCUGCAGCAAGAGUUUCAGCAGUUCAUGAACAAAGCAAAAUUGAGCACCGAUCACGACGACAUUUUUGACAAUCUGAAAAACGCAGUUGUUAACGAAGCGAUGAGACGACAUACGUGGGAGGAGAAAGCAUCUCAAAUGUUACGGGUCAUUCAACUGAACACUUUGGAAGAUAGAAGUGUGAACGAUAAAAGGGAUUGGGAUCAGGCGGUACGUUUCUUGGAAACUUCCGUUAGGGAGAAACUACAAGCAACAGAGCAGAUCUUGCGGGAAAUGCUGGGCCCUGGUCGCAAGGAACGUUGGCUUUACUGGCAGAGUCAGACUGAAGAACAACAGAACCGUGUCUUGGUGAAGAACGAGUUGGAUAAAAUUCUGUACUCGGACAAAAGACACGCUCCCACCCUCACGCAGGACGAGCUGACAACCAUUAGGAAGAAUAUACAACGAAAUGGCUUGGAAGUCGAUCACGAAUUCAUUCGGGAAACGUGGCAUCCCGUUUACAGAAGAUUCUUCCUGCAACAGAGUUUGGCUAGGGCAUACGACUGCAAGAAGGGAUUUUAUCUGUAUCACACUGGACACGAGAGUGAAGUGGAGUGUAGCGACGUGGUCCUGUUUUGGAGGAUCCAGCAGAUGCUAAAAGUUACUGCCAACGCGUUACGACAGCAGAUCAUGAACCGUGAAGCUCGUAGACUAGACAAAGAAAUCAAAGAGGUCCUGGAGGAUUAUAGUCAGGACGGUGAAAUCAAGCAGAAGUUGCUAACCGGUAGAAGAGUCACGUUAGCCGAAGAACUGAAACGUGUUAGGCAAAUUCAAGAGAAGCUAGAGGAAUUCAUUCAGGCGCUGAACAAAGAGAAAUGAAGGGGAUUAACUCGAGAAUGUAGAUAUUUGAAGCCAGAAAUGCAUGGUAUGUGAUAAAUGAUACUAGCCCUGGUGGCUGAUGUGCGAAUGCUUAGGUAUUAAUUUAUUUUUCCCGUUACUUGAACGUAGCAACGGGACGAAUAAAACUAGUCACCGAUUUUUAACGAGACACUCUGUAACCGAGAGACACGAUUUAAUGAUACAGAGUCACGAUUCGUUCUCGAUCAGUCAUCGCACGACUGACAAAAAAAUUGAUUGUAUAUUUGGCAAUGCUUUUGUCAAAUGUAUCCCUGGACACGAAUGCAUUAUUACGAGUACCGUCAAUACCGAUCAUGCCAAGAGUAACUGGAAAAUUUUCUGAACUAACGCCUCUUAUACGUAUUAAACAGUGCACAUGUAUAUCAGGUCGUGUGUAGAUAUUAAUUCUUACGUAUAUAUAUUUAACAAUUCAUGUAAAAACAAUAACGGUCAUUUCAUCUUGUAUAUAUUGUCUCCAUACACGGAAUGAAUGGAACAAACGUUGUUGUACGGAUAGGGAACCGAUUGAAAUAAACGGAUAGAACAAUAACUGAGUGCUCUUUAAAUUACAAUUGUAAAUUGUAUGGCGAAGUGAUUCCGAAAUCAUUUUCUUUCUAUUUUUUUUUUUGUUUCAAUAAAAAUGAACCCGUAUCGUGAGAAUAAUGUUUUCAUCCCAAAUACUAGAAAAAAAGUAGCUCCCACAUACACAAUUUCAUCUGUCUACAGACAUUGUUUCAAUUGCUCUUUUUAUUGUAUAUAUAACCAUCACUCCCUCAGAAAGUUUGUCAUUCACAAUCCAGCAGAAUCGUUGAUUUAAGUACUCACGAAAUCGGAAGAUGCUUUUGUACAAGAAUGGUAGAGAUUAUUAAAAUACGUAAUUUCUGUUCUCGAUUCCCCUAACAGUACAUGAUAUUUACGA